ACCACCGUGGGCAAAAUAAUGGACUCGUGCCUGAAAAUGCAGGGAAUGACUGAAGAAAGAAAUGUUUUCUCACUGAAAGAGCAGAGAGAUUCCACGGCUGAGCUCUCCCAGGAUCAGCAGAUUGGGAGUCUGCUGACAUCCUCGUCUGACAAGCAGCUGGAUCUGGAUUUGUGUAAAAGGAAUACCACUACCCAAAACAACCCAGAAGUUAACAGCUCCACUGGAAUGCGAAAGGAGGAGAGAAUUAGGGAGUUGAACCUUCAGGUGGUGUCACUACAAAAUGUCAUCCUCCAGCCCCAAGGUGCAGGAGCUCCACCUUGGCCUGGUGACGUUCUGCUCGGAGUUGAACAACACGGACGGAGAUGGGAAUUUAGAAAGCCUCUGCUCAGCUGAGCUGGAGGACAAACUAGAAGUGCUCCAAAGAAGACUCAGCGACAAAAGGAAAAGUCUUCAGAGCCUCCGAGAUCACGUCAACAACUACAUAUGCAAAAAAAAAAACAAAACAAUAUGCAAGUGCUGUUAAACAUUUCUGCCUUGAACGAGAUGUUUCAUUUUGAUAGGCAGUAUCAGAGUGGUAUGAGUCAAAUAUGUGCAUUCUGGUGGUUGUAGUUUCUGUUUGUGUUAUUUUUAAGCCCUCUCAUGUUAUUAAUAUGAUCACAAAAUGCUGGAAAAUUCACACAAUAUGAUGCGAGCUGCUGGGAAUUUCUCCAUACUACACAAACAGUAAUGAAGAUAUUGUUAAGAGAAUACCACUUUGGGAGUGUCAGUAACAAUUGAGCUUUAUUAUUGUUCUACUAUAGAAGUAAUACUUUGGAUUAAGCUCUUGUGAGUUGAUCUUCGAUCAAGUUAGCCAGUAAAUGUAAAUAAAAUGAACAUAUAUCUAGUUCUCAUUCUCCAAACUGAAAGGAUACCCAG